AUGAAAAGUACAUCGGAGUGCAUUAGAACGACAAUUAACGCUUUUUUAAAGUCCCUUAUACUUAAGGGAAAUCUUAGUAACGGGGCGUUUGUGCAUGAAAGCAUCGCAAUGAAACACUUUAUGGACAAUGAGUUUGAUCUGUUGUAUAUUGCCGGCUAUCAACGUGUACUUCAAUUAAGUUAUGUCGACAAAUUUCUGACUACAAUUGCUUUGGAAUUUCGGGAUAAGUAUAAAAAUGAAUUACUUGAAAAGAAUCGAUUAGGAUAUUUCAACGACUUUAGACCCACUUUUGACUCAAAGUUGCGUGAGAUCGAGGUGGAGUCACGAAAGUCUAUCAAGGCUGCCAAGCCAAUGCGAAGUUUCGCUGAUUCUGCGAAGUCAAAAAAGACAAUCGCUUCAAUGAUUGUCAGUAAGGAUAAUCAAAACCCUACCUUCAAUACAGAGAAAAGGAUUAAUUUUGACGAGAGCCCAAACUCAGGCGAACCUAUUUUUGAUUCAAGUAUCACUCCCCUCCAAUCCAGAAAAACAAAAUUGCCUUCACCAAAGUCUCGCUUUGUCAAAAUGAACAAAAAACCCAAGGAAUUUUCCAGUCCCUCGGAAUCGCCUGUUUCUGCCAAACCCGGUAAAAAAGUAAAGAUGAAUCGCCGCUGGACCGAUGAGGCCGUUGGAGCCGAGGCCGCUGCACUCGAUUACAGCGGUGGAGGUGGUGCUGCUAACUCCUCCCCAGGGGGCUUCGUUUGUAACGGCACAAAUGCGGUUGUCUCUCAAGGACUACAACUAACUGCCAUUGAAGUAGAAAAUCUCACCAAACUUCGUGGUACAUUGCGCGAGGGCUUCGAUGAACUAGAGAUCUCAUCUGAUGAGGAGGAAUACGUGGAAUCAUCAGACGAAAAAGAACAGGACUCAGAGGUUUAUUCUCGAAGCGGGAAUGGAAUCAAGGCGAGUUUCUUGUAUCCGAACAAAUCAUUCGGCUUUAUGUCAGGUUUGUUACAAACCUUGAAAACGACUGCAUCCGGUCGAGUAUUAACACAUGAAGAUAUCCGAAACCCAUUGGAACGGCUGCGUGAUCACUUGGUACACAAGAACGUGGCUUUUGAGAUCGCGAACCGCCUUUGCGAUGGAGUGGCCGAAAGCCUAGUCGGAGUGCAACUCGGCCGCUUCGAGCGCGUUGGCCCGCGUGUUCGCUCUGCUCUGGAGGAGGCCUGUACUCGUCUUCUUGCUUCUGGUCGUCGUGUCGAUGUUCUGCGUGACGCCCUUGAAGCCCAACAGUCGGGGAAACCGUAUGUCAUCGUCUUUUGCGGUGUCAAUGGCGUUGGUAAAUCCACUAAUCUCGCCAAAAUAGCCUUCUGGUUGAUAGAAAAGAAUCUCAAGGUCCUUAUAGCUGCCUGUGAUACAUUCCGUUCUGGUGCUGUGGAGCAACUUCGAACCCACGUGCAGAAACUUAAUUUUAUCCACCCCCCUGAGCAUCAUAACGGUCAAACAAUGGUUGAGCUGUACGAGAAGGGCUAUGGCAAGGAUGCCGCAAAUAUUGCCAUGUCGGCUAUCUCCUAUGCUAAGGAAAAACAGUGUGACGUGGUUUUGGUCGACACUGCUGGACGGAUGCAAGACAAUGAACUACUGAUGCGCGCGCUUGCUAAACUUAUUAUCGUUAACGAACCAGAUUUGGUUCUUUUCGUUGGUGAGGCACUGGUCGGAAAUGAGGCGAUUGAUCAACUUGUGAAAUUUAAUCAGUCUCUAACCGAUUAUAGCAAUACAGCCAAGCCCCAUACCAUUGAUGGCAUCGUGCUCACUAAAUUUGAUACAAUUGACGACAAGGUUGGAGCAGCUGUCUCGAUGGCCCACAUAUCAGGGCAACCGAUUGUUUUUGUUGGAACCGGUCAGACGUACUCUGAUCUACGUCAAUUUUCUGUACCAAGCGUGGUUAAGGCUCUUAUGAAGUAA